AUGGAAUUCAAAAUCGUACUUACGGGUGUCACUGGCCGUAUUGGCAGUGAGGUUCUUCGACAAUGUCUCAAAGACCCAUCCAUAACCUCCGUCAUCGCGCUGUCGCGGCGUCCGCUUCCGGACGUAGUCCAAGAUCCGAAGUUAGAUCUGAUCGUAAUGAACGAUUUCGAUGAUUAUUCUGAGGACGUGCUUGCUAAGCUGGCGGGUGCUGUCGGAUGUGUCUGGUUGUUCCGAUCCAUCGCUAUACAGCCAAAGCUGGAGCUUGACUACCCCAAGGCAUUUGCAAAUGCUAUGCUACGGACGUUUGCGCAGACGAGAAACCACUUCCGAUAUGUCCAUGUUAGUGGUGCAAUGGUAGAACGCGACCAAAAUAAGUCCUUGUGGUUGGGCGCUACCCUGAGGAAGCUCAAGGGCCAAGGAGAGAUUCAAGCGCUUGGAUUUGCCAACAAUGCAUCAGCGGGUGGCCGAUGGGAGACUUUCAUUGCUCGUCCGGGCGGGGUCGUGAAAGGAGGGACAGCGUUGGGGGAGGCUGCAGCCAUGUUGGGGGGUGGAUUUGGAUGGGCGAUUAAGUCGGACGAGUUAGCUCUCGCGUUGAUUGAAACCGUGAAGAAUGGUGACGAAGAGCUAACUCUCCGACCACUACCACUCGUCACGAAAGGGCGAAAAGUAAAGGCUAAGUUAGUCGCUCAAUAGGGAAUGAAUGAAGGACAAGAGAGACGAAUGUUCCGUUAUGUUUUGAUUGCAAAGAACGCACGUUUGGGCUGCGACCAAAUCGUACAACUGACUUCGGACUAAAUCAUGCCACAGUCACGGGGGAACCUAACGAUCCUAUGUGGCAUGACCUGGAUAAACACCCGAUGUACUAGAGUAUGCGUCUCGUUUGGGCCCGCCUUUUGGGGGGUACAGGCGUCAAGAGUGCUGUUUCGCCGAUACCUUCGACGUUGGAUUUGGUGAUGUGUAUGGUAUUGACUCAAGUGAACCCAUCGCAUUCAAUGCCGGCAGUGUUGUCAAAUGAGCCAAGCCAAUUCAGG